UCUACCAGGUGUAGUAGUGAGUGGUCUGACUGUUCAUUCGUCCUGACUGACAGGUGUCUACCAGGUGUAGUAGUGAGGGGUCUGACUGUUCAUUCGUCCUGACUGACAGGUGUCUACCAGGUGUAGUAGUGAGGGGUCUGACUGUUCAUUCGUCCUGACUGACAGGUGUCUACCAGGUGUAGUAGUGAGGGGUCUGACUGAGGGGCUGUAAUCCUUCAGGCUGUUGUAGAUCUGUUAAAUAACAUAUUAAAGUGCAGUGAGUGGCUGAAGGUAAAUUCAGGGGCUGACGUGUGUGUGUGUGUGUGUGUGUGUGUGUGUGUGUGUGUCUGACAGAGCGCAGUUAACGUGACGAGGGAUUUCGAGGGAUGCAGCACACUGAGGAAAUACUUCGGUCAGCUACAUUACCUCCAGAGUCGAGUCCCCAUGGGGACGGGACAGGAGGCUGCUGUCCCCAUCUCAUGGACUGAAAUAUUCUCUGGAAAAACCGUGGUCCAUGAUGACAUCAGCUAUGAGCAGGCCUGCAUCCUCUACAAUCUGGGAGCUCUGCACUCCAUGUUGGGAGCCAUGGAUAACAGAGUGUCUGAGGAGGGCAUGAAGGUGUCCUGUACACACUUCCAGUGCUCAGCAGGAGCGUUUUCCUACCUGAGAGAUCAUUUCAGUCACAACUUCAGCGUGGACAUGAGCCACCAGAUCCUCAACCUCAACAUCAACCUGAUGCUGGGACAGGCUCAGGAGUGUCUUCUGGAGAAGUCCAUGUUGGACAACAGGAAGAGUUUCCUGGUUGCUCGGAUCAGCGCUCAGGUGGUGGAUUAUUAUAAGGAGGCGUGCAGGGCUCUGGAGAACUCGGAGACAGCGUCCAUGCUGGGAAAGAUUCAGAAAGACUGGAAGAAACUGGUUCAGAUGAAGAUCUACUACUUUGCUUCUAUCGCACAUCUUCACAUGGGAAAACAGGCCGAGGAGCAGCAGAAGUACGGAGAGCGGCUGGCGUACCUGCAGAGCUCCUUGGACAAACUCACUGAAGCAAUCAAGCUGGCCAAGGGUCAGCCUGACAGCGUGCAGGAGGCCUUGAGAUUCACCAUGGACGUGAUCGGAGGAAAGUUUAAUUCAGCCAAAAAGGACAAUGACUUCAUCUAUCAUGAGACGGUUCCUUCUCUGGAGACUCUGGCCUCAGUCAAAGGUGCCCCACUGGUGAAGGCUCUCCCAGUUAACCCCACUGACCCCACCGUUACUGGACCUGACCUGUUUGCCAAGCUGGUCCCAAUGGCUGCACAUGAAGCGUCCUCGUUGUACAGUGAGGAAAAGGCCAAGCUGCUGAGAGACAUCAUGGUCAAGAUCGAGAGCAAGAACGAAACGCUGGAGCAGUUCAUGGACUCUCUGGGUUUGGAGCCAGAGUCGGUGGAUAACCUGGACUUGUACAGUCACAUCCCUCCGGUCCUGAUGGAGAAGUGUGCUGCUCUUAGUGUCCGACCAGACACCGUCAAGAGCCUCAUCCAGUCCAUGCAGGGACUCUCUGGUGUCUUUACUGAUGUGGAGUCUUCACUGAAGGAGAUCAGAGAUGUCCUGGAGGCAGACGAGGCCGGCCAGCGGGCCCUUCAGGAGGUUGGUGGCCCCGCUGCAGGCGAGGUGCACCUGGCGGCUCAGGCCCAGGCUCUGGCUGAGGUCCGCAGGGACCUGGAGAAAUACAUGGAGGCCCACGAGAAGGCCAGCUUCACCAACACGGAGCUCCACCGGGCCAUGAACCUGCACAUCAGCAACCUGCGUCUACUGGGGGGGCCGCUGGACAGUCUGAAGGAGGCCCUACCCCGGCCCCAGCUCAGCGAAGAGGAGGUAGCAGGGCUGCAGUGUAUGAAGCGGAUCCUGGGGAAGGUUCAGGAAAUGAGGGAACAGAGAGCCUCUUUGGAGAAACAGCUCCGUGACCUCAUCCAGCAGGACGACAUCACCUCCACCCUCGUCACCACAGAGCGGGCGGACAUGAAGCGUAUAUUUGAGGAGCAGCUGAAGAAGUAUGAGCAGGUGAAGGUGUACAUCGACCAGAACCUGGCAGCUCAAGAGAACAUCCUGAAGGCCCUGACAGAGGCCAACGUCCAGUACGCCUCGGUGCGUAAGGGCCUGAGCCAGACGGAGCAGCAGUGGAACAGCACGGUCCAGGGCCUGGUGGGCUCGUACGAAGCCUAUGAGGACCUGAUGAAGAAGUCUCAGGAGGGGAAGGAGUUCUACGACGACUUGGAGGCCAAAGCAUCGCGUCUGCUGGAGAGAGCCAAGACUCUGUGUCAGAGCAGGGCCGAGGAGAGGAGGCCGAUCCUGGAGAAAGAGAGUCAGAAGAAGCCUCCAGCUCGGCCCACAGCUGCCAAGCCUACCUUGAAGCCAAAGUCUUCUGACGUGGACUCGGCCUGUUCCAGCCUUGAGGACCCAGAGUUGGCCCAGCUCAGUGCGGCCAUCUUGGCGUUGGGGGGCGACCUCCCCGAGGAGCUCCGCAGCCUCCCUCCUGACAUUCCCUCCUUCCCCACAGCCGCAGCUCGCCUGCCUGGUCCUGAAGCCUUCAUCCCCCCUCCUGGCAGCAGCUCUCUGCCGUGGCCCGCUGCUCCUGCCGCCGCCCUCCCCCGCUUCCCCGCCAACCUCCCCCCUCCAGAGCUGCUUGCACGCAUCGCUCAGUUUCCUACAGCCGGGCCUCUGCCCCGCCCACCCCUCCCUCAGAUCAACCCACAGAUACCAUCACAGUUACCCCCCCAGGCAGCUGUGUCAGGUUAUCGCCCCCCCCCUCCUCAAGCCCCCCAGCCUGGCCCCGUGGCCACCGCCGCAGUCCGACCCUCCACCACCACUGUGGACAGCAUCCAGGCCCCCAUCCCCAGCUACGCCCCCACACCACACCACCCUGUCCCUCCUGCAGCCUCAACGGGCUACACUGCCCCCCCCCAGAUGGGGGCCUACCCCCAGUUCAUGCCCAUUCAAGGCCCGACACAGAUUCCCGCCUCCCAUCCUCAGCAGCCAAAGCAGCCGCAGCCGUACCCUCAGCCCGUCGGGCAGAUGCUGCCUCAGGGCUACCAGCCUGGACCGAGGGCUGUUCCUGGCCCCCCCCCUCACCUCCAGGCUCAGCCGGCCUUCCCCCAUGGAUACAUGCCCCCCCAGUACCAGCAGCCAUUCCCAGGUCAGCUGCAGCCGCAUCAACAGAACGGCUAUCAGCCUCAGAUUCCCCAAAAUUACCAGCCUCCGCGGGGCUACUCCCCCCAGCAGCACCCCCACAUGAUGCCACGCCCCCCCCCAACUGUACACCCUCACAUACCUCCCACCACUCAGCCAGCACCGCCUGUAUCUCAGCCCUACCUGCCCCACUCCCACCAGCAGAUGACCCCUGGACUCCCCCACCAACACAUGCUGCCACAGCAGCCCCCCAGCGCCCCGCAGAUCCCCCCCCACCCACGGAUGCAGAUCCCUGCUGGUCCCCGCCCACAGAUGCCCCCCAGCAGUCAGCCAGUGCCUCCAGUGUCUCAGAACUACAUGCCCCCCCCCAGCAGUCAGCCCAUCCGCCCCCCCCUGCACCCACAGCUGCCUCCAGCCUCUCAGCCUCACAUGGUCCAUCUGCCCCCGCAGCACCACCCCCACCCUGGGCAGCCCCCGCUCCCAAACAUGCCCCAGCAGCCAAUGAGGAUGCCCAGCCAGACGCAGGCUCCGCUCCCUCACUCUGGGGGAGUGUGUUACCCUGGGGGGGCUCCACUGAUGCCUCAGCAGCCUCUGGCUCCGCAGCCUGCAGCUCCUCAACAACCUGCGGCUCCUCUCCCGAUGAGCCACGCCCCCCAGCCCUCUGCUCUGUACCCCCCUGCUCCUGGAGCUAACGGACCUCCCACUGCCCCCCAGCAGCCCGCUGCCAUGGGCACCCACGGUCCACACAUGAUCCAGCCCUCUCCUUCAGCUGCCCCACCGCCAAACGCUGUCCCUCCUUCCCCUUCACCAUCCCCCUCCCCAUCUCCCUCCCCAGGCCCCUCCUCUCUGAGUCUGAACCCCCAGCAGAGACCCACAGCUGCCCCCACCCCUGGAGGUACGGCUCCACCCACUCUUCCAUCUCCAUCUGCCGUCUCUCCCUCCACGUCGCUGUUUCAGCGCCAGAAUUCGAGCACAGAUGACCUCCUCUCGUCGAGCCCUGAGAGCCAACCAGGAGGCACCAAGGCCCCCACCAACGUCCUCCAGCCCACCAAAGCCGAUCCCCAGGAUGGCGAGCGGCGGAAGAAGAGCUCCCAGGGCGUUCUCCUGAUCCAGGGUGACCCGUACCAGGCACCAGAGCGUGUGGCCCGUCUUCAUGGUGACCUGGAACGUUACAGAGCACAAGUGGAUUCCCUGGAGCAGCCGUCAGAGAGUGAGGGCGGCCUGUCGGUGCUGGACGCUCGCUGGAAGGAGCUCCAGGAUCAGCAGGAGAAGGAUGCACGCCAACUGUCCAUCGCCAUUGCCCGCUGCUACACCAUGAAGAACCGUCACCAGGACGUCAUGCCCUAUGACCUGAACCGCGUGGUACUGCAGUCCGGCAAAGACGACUACAUCAACGCCAGUUAUGUGGAGGACCUGUCGCCGUACUGCCCACGUCUCAUCGCCACGCAGGCUCCGCUCACCGGCACAGCUGCCGACUUCUGGCUGAUGGUGUACGAGCAGAAGGUGUCGCUGGUGGUCAUGCUGGUUUCAGAACAGGAACUGGAAAAGGCAAAAGUUGUUCGCUACUUCCCAACGGAGCGCGGCCAGCAGCUCUCUCAGGGACCAAUCACACUCAGCCUCACCACGCAAAAGAUGACGCCGACUCAUGUGGAGCGUAUGAUCAGCCUGCAGUACCGUGACCAGAGCCUGAAGCGCACUGUUGUCCAUCUGCAGUUCACCUCAUGGCCCGAGCUAGGUCUUCCUGACAGCAAGAGCAGCCUGCUGAGAUUCAUCCAGGAAGUUCAUGGACACUACCUCCACCAGAGGCCCCUACACACACCUGUGGUGGUGCACUGCAGCUCGGGCGUGGGACGUACCGGCGCCUUCUGUCUGCUGUACGCGGCGCUGCAGGAACUGGAGGCAGGAAACGGGAUCCCAGACCUCCCAGUGCUGGUGAAGAAGAUGAGACAGCAGAGGAAGAACAUGCUGCAGGAGAAGCUGCACCUGAAGUUCUGCUAUGAGGCCGUGUUGAAGCACGCUGAGCACGUCCUUCAGAGACAUGGCAUCUCCACUGCCACCGCCGCCUGCAGCAGGAACACCAACUCUGCAGCCACAAAGCCUUACUCGAGACAGGAGUCCCAGCAGGACAUUGUCCUUGGCGGCGAUAUGCCCAUCAGCUCGAUCCAAGCCACCAUCGCCAAGCUGAGCAUCCGGCCGCCCAGCGCCACAGACCCCACCAUGGAGGAGCAGGCGGGCACCGUCUUUCCCAGCCUGGACUCUCUGGGUGACGUCCAGCAGCUGCAGGACCCCUCUCCCCCUGCAGACCCCGCCUCAUCUUUCAGCCCACCCCUCAGCUCCCCUGCCCACUCUCCACCCCCACCACCACCCAACGGUGUGGACACUACCUCCCCCUCAAUGCCACCAGCCGCCAACCACCAGCCGGUCCUGGAGGCUGCGCCCAGCGUCAGCCCGCCUCCUGCCUCUUCUGCUCCGGCGCCUUCGUCCCUGGAGCUGCUGGCCUCUCUGGCGCCUGAGGCCUUCUCCAUGGAGGGAGGUGGCAAAGGGAAGCAGCGUGUGACCAAGCAGAGCUUCCUGCAGCCGGCGGAGGGUCAGGGUCUCCAUGGUACUCGAGCGGAGGAAGGGGACGACCCACUCAGCAGCCUGGACCCACUCUGGAGCCUCAGCAAGCGCUGAGACAAGUCGCCGACUACACCGCCAGGUGCCAGCGAAGACCUGUAGCUGUAAUGUGAGUCACAUGUUAGCGGUGAUGAUGUCACAAUGUGCCUGGUGACGGACGGUAGGCUGACGUUUGAUCUUCUUCUGGGACCAGAACACUAUGCACUGUUGCUCUGCUGCUUCUCUGUCUGCACUCCCACCUGGACUCCCAGCAUGCACUGCUCUCCCACAGGGUGUCUGAUGGACAGCUGUAACUCAAUCAAUCGUCAUGGUAACACGGAGCAGCAUGUCCUCAUUUCUGUUUCUGCAUCUCUGUAAAUAACUGAAAUAAUCCACGUGUCACUAAUCAGCUGCCAUUAUUGUACAAAUCUGAAUAAAUCCACAGACGGACGACA